CGCGAAAGUUACUACAAGAAAGUGAUAUCCGUGAUUUCGUGAUUCAUCUGCGAAAAGUGUUUAAUAGAUUGCUGAAGAACAUAUACAUCUUUGAUAAAUAUCCACACAAAGAUAAGGGGCGACGAUAAAGCUGUAACCACGGAUAAGAAGCGCAGAGAACGCGACCGCAAACAGGGCGAGAUGAGCAGAAAGAAUGAAUCGGAAAGACAGAAGCAGAUACAAGAAAAAUGUCAAAUACUUCUUACCAAGAUGCUCCGGGAUGACGACAACAAGUACUGUGUCGACUGUGACGCGAAAGGGCCACGGUGGGCUUCCUGGAAUUUGGGAGUUUUCCUUUGCAUCCGAUGCGCCGGCAUUCAUCGGAAUCUGGGCGUACAUAUAAGCCGGGUGAAGUCGGUCAAUCUGGACAGCUGGACACCGGAGCAGGUGGUCUCACUGGAACAGAUGGGCAACUCCCGGGCCCGUGCCGUAUACGAAGCGAUGGUUCCGGAUGGUUUCAGGCGCCCCCAAACUGAUUCUGCCUUGGAGAGCUUCAUCCGUGCAAAGUACGAACACAAAAAGUAUUUGGCCCGCGAAUGGGUUCCUCCACCGCCACCGAAGGUGGAUUGGGAUCGUGAGAUUGACGAAGAAAUUGAGCGACAGAAGCGCAAGAAAAAGACUUCCUCGACCGCAACUGGAACUGGAUCUGGCGGUGGCCUUUCACUGUCCUCACCACUGGGACCAGGCACCGAGAAAAAGAGUACGGCAUCCAGCAACGCAUCUUCCGGAGGGACCUCGGGCGGAUCAUCGUCUGUGCCAAAGUUGAAAGCACCAGCCAGCAGCCUGAAAUCGUCCAGCCGGAAUUCAUCUUCGUCCGAAGGUGGUGCGACGCAAUCGUCCAGCGCGGCCAACAGUAGUGACGCAGCCGGAACGGUGGCCGCGGUCAACUCCAGUGCCGGAGCAGAUCUACUGGGGCUGUCGUUGGGUGAAGGAAGUACGAACAGUAUUACCGCAACGAGCAAGUCGGCCAACGGUGUCGCUGCUGUGUCGGCGAACAAUAACGGGUUGGAUUUAUUGGAACGAACAAACGCAGCCACGGACGAUUUGGCCAAAGCGGAAGCCGAUUUUUUUAAUCAAUCAAGCGGGACGGGUAUCGGAGCGGACACAGGUGGAAAGCUGACGAAGGAUAAAAUCAUGGCCCUGUAUGGGUCGGCCCCGGCUUCGGCGGGAGCGAGUGGAGGAGGUUUUAGUAGCGUCGCAGGUUUCGGUGGCUUUCAGCAGACCGUCGGCAGCACAUUCCCCCCGGCAGCAAGUGCCGCAGCGGUCGGAUUCAACAAUGGACCGACGAGUGCGUUUGGGGCAUUUCAGACGUUUCCGGUUGCCGCAGUUGGUGGUAUGAACGGUGCACCUGGUGGCCAGUACAUGAUGGGUGGCGGAGUACCGCACGGGCAGAUGAUAUACAACAACAUGGCAAAUGGAGCGGGAGCGGCCGCUGGUAUGGUUCCGCCGUCCAUGUUCCCUCCACAACCGCAGGCGGUGCACGCACACGGGAUGAUUCCGCCAUUCGGUGCAAUGCCACCGUACGGGACGAAUAAUCUUAUCCACCAACAACAUCCCGUUAAUUCGCAGCACCAGCAGCAAUCGGUGAUGGGCCAUUUCCCGAACAUGGGAGCAGUUCCCAUCGGAAUGCAGCAACCACCGGUGGUCGGUGGAGUCCCGGCUUUUGCUACUUUUCCUAAAUCCGUCCCGCAGCAACAGUCACAACCUGCCACCAGUGACAAGCUAAGCAAUCAAUUCGGCACGAUGAGCAUGCGCGACGUGUGGCAAUAGAAAAACCAGUUCCCAAUCUGACUCCCCGGUCCUGCGAUUUGGAUUUCGUGUCCGACUUACUUAUCCUUUUCACUCCGGCCAACCGAUGGAUAAUCUAUUCCGUACGUAGAACGUAUGACACACAAUGUAGGACAAUUAUUCACUUAAUAAGACAAAAUUACCAACAGAGAAAGAUGAAAAUAUUUAGAACACAAUCUACACUCACACAAACCCUCAAAGUUCCACUCGGUCGAUUCGUAUUCGACGGUGUUCCGAUAUCAUCAUGCUAAGAAAAGGUUAUUUUUCGGCGGCGAAUACUUUCCGUUCCUCCGUUACGGAAGACUCGGGGCUUAGCGAGGCCGAAUCAGAUGGAAGCAAGAAACAGGUCACUAUUAAAAAUUUAUAACUAAGGGAAUAUAAUAAAAAAAAUCGCUAAGGGCACUAACAAGAGAGGCCGUACGUUGGCGCAGUCUCGGUACAUUUGAACGGUUUUUAGCUAUUACAUUGUUACUGAUAGGAAUCGUAAUCCUUAGGAACUGUGCUGAAGGUAUGAGAAAGGCUUCUGUGCAAACGCAGAAAAAGAGGAAAAACAAUAUACUAAAUCGGAUAUUGCGUUUAUUCGUUUUGCCGGUAGAUAAAGAAAUUGUCAAUAAAGUAUAACUUAUGUGCAAGAGAGCGUUGAUCAAAUAAAACGCCGUUGUAAUCGUCUAAGUGAAUGUAGCAGAAUAGUAAGUGGAGGAAUCGUAGCGGUAACUGUGCAGAACAUAGCGGGGACAUGUGUAAUGGCAAACAGAAGGAAAAUAAA